AGGCCAUGUCAUUAUUGAACACUGUAGCAAUCAGGUCACAGGCCACUGUGUCGUCCAGUAGAAUCGUUCAGUGCAGACCAUUCUCCUUGUUGAAAGGUGCAUUGAGUUUGCUUGCGUUGAACAAAACUGAGACUCCUCUUGAAACUCACAAGAUGUACCCAUGGGACGAAUCACCAUAUGAAGAUCUCCGUACCCGUGCUGCAUUUAUCAGAACAAAGGCAAGGUGUCCAACUACCGGUAAGUCUGUGAACUUUGUCUGUCCAUACUCUGGUAUCCCUACCCAUCAUUCUGAGGAAGCUUGGAAGGAAGAUAGAGCCUACCAUGAGAACAAGACUUUUGAACUCUUGAAGAAAGUAAACCUUUAUGAACAUGACUUGCGUUCAGGACGUAAGUUUGACGAGUUUGUCUUCCCUGGACAACAAGAAAUGGACUGUACUCCAAACAUGUCUUCAUGGGAUGCGUUUUUCUAUACGAGAGAUUUCAGUCCAAUGAACACCGAGUUCAAUUUGGCUGCUGCCUCCAAGGUAUUGACUUAUCCAAUUACUGUAGCCUCUGUGUUCCAUCAAUUCUCUCCAUACCAAUUCCAACCACAAGGAACUGUGACAUUGGAAGGGCUUAAGUCUUUGGCUGCUUUGAGAUAUACCUUAUAUCCACCAUAUACCAAGAAUGCUGAAACUUCCACUGUAUUCAAGGACAGAGCUAUGAGAAUCUUCAUUGUUGGUGCCAAGAUGGAAGCUAUGCUUCCUGGAUAUGUUUGGAAACAAUUUGGAUAUCUUUUCCCAGACACCAAAUUCGAAUUUCAUUUCAUUGGUCCAGAAUGUUACUUUGACCCUGCCACUAGACAAUUCGGUGCCACCGAUCAACCUCACGGUAGAGCCCUUGUUCAAAGAUUUGAUGAGCAAAUCACCAUGCACUACCACACCGCAUACUUCCAUGAACUUUAUGAAAUGGGAGAUCUUUUCCCAUUCGACCCAUACUUAGAUUCCUUCUUCUUAUUCCAUCCUGGGUUCACCACUGCUGACGAGAUCCACUGGGACAAGUCCUUGAAGGGUCUUUUGGACUCCAAGUGCCCAAUCUACGUGACCGGAUAUCAUGCUAAAGAUGCGCAAAGAGAAUAUAACUGGUUGCAUAAGCAUCCUUUAGCUCCAGAAAUGGAUGUGUUGAUGGAACAAACCGAUAACUACUUCGGUUCCACUAAGUUGGACUUGGUUGAUAUCAACCCAACUGAAACUUUCCAAGCAAACCAUAAUAUGUUUGCUGUCAGAGGAAAGAGAUACCAUGCAAUUAAAAAAUAGGAGAAGCCUGUAAAUAGUUUGAUAAAGUUGUAUAAAGAAUAGAUAAUUUAUG